UCCAAGAGAACAUCCGCCGCGGGAGGCCGCCACUGGAUCACGUGACCAGUGACGCCAUGUGACCCCCCCUCAGUGGACAUUUUAACCCUUCACCCCUUUUUUUUUUAAUGACAGCAUCGGUGAAACAAGUCCUCCGUUGUAAAUAAGUGCAAGUGGUGUCGACUCUGCGAGAGACGUGUGCGUGCGUGUGUGUGUGUGCGAACUGUUUUGAGGGACGGUGACAGCUAUUUGGAAGCCGUGGACGUCGUGACGACGCAUUGCCAUGCGCGCUUGGAUUCCCACGGACACAACGGCGGCGUAUGGUACUCGCGGGAUUUCGGAUAACAGGAGGGGCCUCUUUCGGCCGGACACGGGUUCACCCCUGUGCACCAACAGCUUCAGGCUGGCCGGGGGUUGCACCCCCUUUGCACGAACCCCGGCUUCUCGUGAUGUCCGCAGCCUGACAAUGAGCGAGAGGCAGCCCGGGGCCCUGCACGGAGGCUGCAGCCCCUUCGAGGGGCCCCCAUCCCACCACCCGAGCCCCACUGGGCCCGGCCCAGGUCCUCUUCUGGGCCAGGACGGGGGCUGGAUGGUGGGCGGCGGCCCUCCUCCCCCGUACCCUCUUCUCUCCGGGCACUCACCAUCGGAGUUUCCCUUUGGACCUCACAGUGGUCAUCCGCCGUCAAACGGACCUGCGCAUGGCUUCGGACCCCCUUCCUUCGACCCUAUGGCUCAAUUUGGCAAAGUUCCUCCGGGCUUCCCACCGUCUUCCAGCUUCCCAUUCGCAGCGCCGUUUUCCAACACCAACUUCAAGGAACAGCCGACGGAAGACUCUUCGCAGUCUAACGGGAAGGAUGAAGGACUCAGUGCAAGACUAAUCGACAAGAGCGAGAGCAGUUCAGGUCCAUCACCGCCGUCCCGUGAAGGAACCCCGGCAGGUAACGUUGGUUACCGUCCGUGGGAGCAAGAAGGCUACGAAGGAGGUCGUCCACCCAGUGCUCCGCCGUCGAAAGACCGACCGUUUAGCAACGGCGGAGACAAGGGUCCACCGUCUUCUCCAGGAAUGCAGUCCCAAGACAGUUCCCAGUCGAGCGAACGUAUGCCGACACCAGUCGACAAGAUGGCAGCGCAGAACCCGGCAGCUCACUUUGGCAGCCCGAUGCAGCAUCAUCCCUUCGCCGACUUCCCCCCGCACCCUUCAGCCGUUUUCCAAGGCUUUCCCGAAGCGAAGCGGUCGUCCAGCCCGGGCGAGCCCUCCUUCCAAGUGCCUUCGGUGUCAUCCACCACUACGAGGUGCCACACGCUCAUGCCCAUGGUGCCGCCGCAGGAACCUUCACCAACACCUACCCCAACGGGACCGCCCGGUGGGUGGCACGGUGGAGAACACCUGGGCCCACCUUCCAACGGUGUGGCGCCUCACCAUCACCAUCAUCAUCAUCAUCACCCUAAUCAUCCGGCACCCAUGAUGCCGCAUCAUCACCAAGGGGUUGUGGGCGGUGGUAACGCAGUGGCGAGUGGCGACGAGAAAGGCACCAAGAAGAAGCGCAAGCGCUGUGGCGAGUGUCCAGGCUGUUUAAAAAAGGAUAACUGCGGCGAGUGCGGGCCGUGCAGGAGUGUGCGCAGUCACCAGAUCUGCAAGAUGCGGAAGUGCGAUCAGCUCAAAACGAAAAAGGAAAAAGAGCGCUAUGAGAAGAUGAUGCAUCAGAUGCACGAAAGGCGCCGGGGCACACCAGAUGAAAAUAAAAAUAUGCAACAGGUUGCGAGCGCCAUUUGCGGAAGCGGUGUGGUUGGAAAAGACGGAAUGGCGUCCUCCCCCGGCAACAGAAAUAAUCUCAAUGGGCGGACACUGAACGGAGGGCCAGUACCACCGUACCAUUCUCAAGGUGUACCCGAUCACCUCGGCCACCCCGGGGUAGGAGGAUUUGGACCUCCCAAUGAAUACCACCUUGCCCAGGGGCACAAGAACAUGCAGGGGCCUCCAACGAACCAGAUGUACGAGAUGGCGCCUCACUUCGGAGGCUUUCCUCCGCCUCAACAUCACCCUCAGCAAGGCAUGGGAGGUGGCCCUCCCUUCAACGGCCACCUACAGCAGCCCCCGCAACAGGAGAGUCGGCAAAGUGAAGAUGCAUCGAUGGACUUUGGCUCGCAGCAGGCACGUCACCAGAUGAUGAACAAUCGUCUCAAGACUCUGAUUCAGACUAGGCAGAGCCAGAAGGAGCAAGGACCUUUCCAUGGCCUCGAAAACACACUGGGACCUUCGCUGGGGGGCAAUUUCGCGCACCCGCAGCCACCGCAAGCCUCCGACGCUCCCUCGGACCCUUCUAUCGGCCAUCAGCCGUUCAGGCCCGCACAGCCCGACGGGGUGGUGAGGGGCUUCCCUCCUCCGCCGCACAACGGUGGCGGCAACACCGCACCUCCUUCGUCGAACAACGAACUACCCCAGGACGUGUGGCGGGACGUGAGUCCGUCCUCGGCAAGGUCUCAGAGCAGAGGCGGAGGCCACGAACUGCAGGAGUUCACCAAGAACAACGGUUCUUCCUCCCAGAGUAGCAACAACCACUCCGAAGCAGAGUUCUCCCAAUCUGAGGAUCAGAGUCGCGAAGAUGAGUUCAACGAGAACGCCCCUUCGGCCGCAGGCAUGCAGCAGGCGGCGGCAGCGGGGAACGGGCCGCUGAACGGAAUGAUUCAGUACGGUGCCUUCUACGCGGGAUCCCCGACGGAAGGCAAAGUGGAGGCGAGCAGGUUGAAGGAAACUGGGAAAGAGAUGAGGACUGAGGCUUCGACGGACGGUCAGGGGAAUGUGUCUUACCAGUUUACGUCUGCACCCUGCUCGUCGCUAACGACAACUACUACCACAUCCACCGUGACGGCCCUCAAAAACUGCAGUGCGCCUGUUCCCGCGACGCGGCCUCCGGACACUGGAAACAGCCUCCAACAGCACCAACAGGGUCAGGUACCACCGUGUAGCGACGUCGAAAACAACAACAACAACAACGAGGAACCCACGGAAACGGCCACCCACACUCAGCAGCAGCCUUUUUUAUCCAAUACGACCACAUCUAUGAAUACAUAUACAAGUAUUAUCAGUACAUAUAAUAGCUUUGCUGCUACUUCUGCGCCCUCCUACUUUGAGCACCAUCCGCACGGCGGGACAUCUCAGCCGAAGUUCAUUGGGCAAGAAGCGGCGGCAGCGGCUCGGACGGGGGGAGAUGUGUCAGACGUAGAUGGUGGUCGUAUUGCAGUCGGCGAGUUCCGUGGCCUCGAGUUUGGGCUAGUACCGCUCCAGGGGGGCCCCGACGGAGGCCCCCUCCUCCCCCCGUCCCCGAAGACGUCCAAGGCGUACGGAAACAUGCCUUACCAGGGCUCGUUCCCGCCGGUCGAAGGGCCCUUCCAGCCCUACGGCGGCGUCCUGCCGGGCAUGUCGUCUGCGCCGCCGUUCUCGUUGCCGCCAAUGCCCGCGGGCGGCUCGCCCUUCGCCCCAGUGAACCUUCCCGGGGUGGAUCCGUGGUGGGAACGGCUGGAACGGCUGCGAAAUAAUACGAAAGCCGAGGCGCCCAAUUGUGACUGCUACGGCAACGAGGAAUCACCCCCCAUGGACAAGGCUCCAUACUACACGCAUCUCGGCUCCGGUCCCAGUGUAUCGUCAGUUAGAGACAUGCUCGAAAAGAGGUUGAAUGAGAGAGGACCGGCUCUACGGUUGGAGAAAGUAUUGUAUACGGGCAAAGAAGGCAAGACGAGUCAAGGGUGUCCAUUGGCAAAGUGGAUCAUACGGCGCAGUGGUCCAAGCGAGAAGGUUCUGGCAGUACUGAGGCAUCGACUGGGUCAUCGCUGUUCCUCGGCUUAUAUUGUGGUGGCAAUUGUCGCUUGGGAGGGAGUAGACAACAACAUGGCUGAUGACCUUUACCGAACUGUAGUGUACAAGACUGUGCAGUUUGGCCUGCCUACUCAGAGGAGAUGUGGCACUAAUGAACAGCGCACGUGUGCAUGUCAAGGCAGCGAUCCAGACACUUGUGGGGCAUCUUUCUCGUUUGGUUGCUCUUGGAGCAUGUACUACAAUGGCUGCAAGUAUGCACGCAGCAAAGCAGUGAGGAAAUUCAAACUCUCGGAGCAGCCAGAGGAACAGGAACUAGAAGACAAGUUACAGGUUCUUGCAACGGAGAUGGCUCCCCUCUAUUUAAAAGUAGCUCCAGAAUCAUUUAGGAACCAGGUGGAAUUUGAAAGUGAGGGGUUGUCCUGUAGGCUGGGGCUAAAACGAGGCAGGCCAUUCUCCGGUGUGACAGCCUGUCUUGACUUCUGUGCCCAUGCUCAUAAGGAUCUACACAAUAUGAACAAUGGCUGUACUGUGGUCGUUACGUUAACGAAGUACCGACAGAAUGAGAAACCAGAUGAUGAACAGCUCCAUGUGCUUCCAUUGUACAUAUUGGAUCCAACGGAUGAAAACGGAAAGAAAGACGGAAUUGAUGAAAAGGUCAGGAAUGGUGCACUUGAAAUUCUCAAGAAGUACCCAACAAAAGCAAGAGUACGGAGAGUCCCGCUAGGGCCCUGCAAGAAGCGCGGCAGGAAAGAGAAAGCUACAGAAGAGGGACUUCAGUCCCAGUGUCAGCCAAUGUCAGGAGAAUUGCAGGCAGAUGAAGGCUACUCUUCUCAAACUAUGCCAUCUCCAGUAUUCAGUCCUGGUGCUGACAUGCCACAGAUGCGGAAGUCACCUUUCGAGGAAAGGUACCGCAAAGGUGCGAUGUCGAUGAAGCAAGUGAACGAUUUUCCCAGCCCAAAGCUCGAUCAAGCAAGACAUUUUUUCCCAUCGCAAGGCCAUCAGCAAGACCGCAACCAUGUCGUAACGCCAGAUUCAAAUAACAUCAUGCCAGGGAGGGUGAAGGAUGAACAUAGCAUGCAGACCGCCUGUCAAUACCAGCAAAAUAAAGAAUACAAUUACAUGUGCAGCACACCUGCAGGGCCGCAGUCACAUUAUACUUGUCCAGAAUCUCAACACAUGGACAUAGAAACACAGAGGCAUGAGACAACAAAUGUUCACAUCAAAUCAGAGUUCAGUGAAGUAGAAACCUGCAUCCAGAGUGGCACAAGUUUGGAAAUGAGGAAGGACAUGACUGUGGAAGACGUACGAAGAAGAAUGCCUCAAGAUCUUCCGCUACGUGAGCAGCAUCCCAUCAAACAAGAAAUAGUGAAUUCCUAUGGAUCGGGCCACAACCAUUGCCCUCCUCAUCAUUACAACAACCACUUCACCAACCACCGUGUUCAGCAAAACAGGCAGCCCACUUACAACCAUGUUCCUCAAAGCCCACAGGAAAUAGGUGCUUUAGAUACACCGCCGGAUGACCACACUGUCUUCGGUAGUUAUCACGUGCAGGGAAACCACCUUUACAGUGCUAGUCCGGGCUACCACCCUCACACUACCAACCAGAACUUUGAACAAUCCCAUGGCAUUGACCACUUGCAAAACUUGGCCUCUGUUUCAAAUCAUCACCUGCAAAAUCUUACCCAGCAAGGAGAAGGCAGUGGCCUGUGUUCACCAUAUGGAAGUCCGACUCAGCGCCAUCCUUACCACCCGGCGCUGAAUAAUUACGCCUACCGCCACCCAUCAACACCUCCGCCACGUGACUCGAUGCCACCCCCGUCACCGUUGCACAUGAAACCUGCAUCCCCUCACGUGUUGAUGAGGAGCCCUACGCAAAGGUAUAGCCCCGUACCUUACCCAAGAAGCGGUGGCGGCUUCUUUUCACCUCACCACGAAGCCUAUUCUCCUCAUCCGAGUCCGCCAGUCACUCCUAUGACACCCCCGACUACACCACGGUCAGCAGACCUUCACCACACACCGGGAUCACCUAUGCACAUGCGAGAACCUUACUACCCAGCAAACCCAAAUACAUACAGCAGCACGCAGAUGAGCACAGGCUACCACCCUGCAGCCAGCAGGUGCCACUCAGUGGGCUGGCAGGCUCAACAGGACUAUGCCGUUCCCCACGCGUACUAUCAGAGGCGUCCCCCGUACUUUCCUGCCCCUCCAACGCCACCAAACUAUUUUGCUUCCCAUCAGUGUCAUCCAUUGCAUCUUCCGUCGUCCGGUGUGACGCCGCCUCCGCAUCGAGCGUGCCUGCCGUCGCCCGAAACCGCCAAGCCAUCCAGUACACUUCCUCCAUUCAAGAAUGCAUUUCUUCCACCACAGUCAGCUCCCAAUGGGUUUGAACGCCACACGCAGUCUUUCCACUCCGCGCUGGAGCAGGCGCAGCAACGGAUGCAGUGGCCCACAUCACCGUUCUAUCCAGGGCAUCAAGUUCCUCAUAACAGGCCUGUUAGUCAAGAGAGGUCAGCAGCAGUGCAACACAGGGUGCCACAACUCAGCUUCUCACCCAUGGAAGCCAUAUCGCCGAUCGAGCAAGAGGACAUCUACGAGGUGGACUCUGACAAUGAGUCAGCCUUUCAGGACGAUGAAGUUGGAGGGGUCGCGAUUGCACUGACCCACGGUUCUGUUCUGUUUGAGUGUGCUAAACAUGAGCUCCACGCAACGACAGCUCUGAAAAGGCCUAACCGGAAAGACCCCACCCGCAUCAGCCUGGUGUUCUACCAGCACAAGAACCUCAAUUUCAGGAACCAUGGCGAGGAGGAGUGGGAAAAGAAGAUGGAGGUUCGACGGCUGGAGAGAGCCAACGGUGAACGGCCUUCAAAGAAGAAGGCAAAGUUUUCAGACGCCAGGUUGGAUGAGGGUGGGCUUCUGCCAUCAGUUCACGUCGACGACGCAGGCCAAAUGUGGACACCUUCUCCUCAUGUGCCACUUCCAUCCAUGUUUGCCAUGAAUCCCUACUAGGGUUUGAAUUAUUAGCAUGAUUUCACACAUCGUUCAUCCAUAUCAGGCCAUGGUACUAUUACCAGGUUGCAAAUGUCAAUUGCAACUUGUUUUCUCAUUGACAGUAUUAGAUUAUUUAAGAUGGACACAUCACAUGCAACUUUUAUUUGUUGUACGUAUCUUACUUUUAGGUUGUCCAAGUCCCUGUGCCCACCAGAACAAAGUUCUGAAAGCAGUAACAGUGAAAACUCAUUAAUUUUACUACCAUCUCUCGAUUAAUUUAACCCUAUUAGUCAAUUUCUUGUAACGAAGACAUAUCUAAAGCCAAAGCAUUUGUACCUGUUUUUGAUGCGUCCCUCAUCUUGUGACAAGCAAAACUCUGUGCUAAACUGAGAUCUCAAUUUUUAAUGACGUGUUACUUGUUAAUUUUCUUUCACUGAGAGUUGAUUAGCUUCUUGAGUUUUACAUUUUUAACUUGUAUCAUGUGUGGAGCUGAAAUUGAUGAGGCUUUACUGGCCAGGGCACAUGAUUUUUUAAAUGUGGGAUGUGCAAAUAAUUUGUGUUGUACUGCUAUAAGCAGGAGAUAUUCACUCAAAGUAUACAAUCAGUUGUGUGACAUUGAUGAUGUAACAGGUGUGAUGUUUUGUCUAUCAGAUUAUACAAUAGGAUGGACUUUGUUACACAAAGCAGUCAUGCAUAGGAUGCAGAAAAGGCAUAGCAUACGAAACAUGGAAAUUUCAGUAGAAAAAAAGUUGUCAGUAGAACAUGGCAGUAACCACGGAUCUGGUGUGCAAGAAUGAAUUUGGGAAAGAUCACGUGAAUGAUUAUAUCACUGUACAUAGAACGUAAAAUACGGCAUAUACAACCGCAUCUGGAAACUUUUAGCUUUAUUUAUACAGGCAUGGCUGUAAAGUUAUGCAACACGGAAGUACAAAACGACGUUCUGUUUAGGUUCCAUCUCAUCAAUGCAUUAGUAUCUAAGAAUUUAGUCCCAGUUGAAGUGCAGUACUGAUUCAUUCACAAAUUCAAAUCACACCCUUUUACAUAAACUACAUCACAUAAUAAAUUAUUGAUUUGCAGACAUCUACCAUUUUUUCAGAGUUGUUCUGAAUAUGAAUAUAUAUUUUAUCAUCUCAUAUUUAUGAGAUAGUUUUGUUGUCUUCUCACUAAAGCUACAUAUAUGCAUUGUCUGUCGAGGGCAACAGAAAUCUAAUGGGUUUUAAUUGAAAUUGCCAUAAUUUUUACAACAUCACUGCCAUUUUUUAUUUUACAACUGUAUUGGUGUUCAGCCUUCUUUGGUUGCAUGUUUUGUUCUUCAUAAGAAGUCAUUAUCAUGAAACUUGUCAUUGUACAGCUACUGUAUAUAGGUUGUUAGCCAACUACAAAUCAGCAUCUUUACAUGAUGUCAUAGGUCAUAGUAUUAUGUGUUGAAAUAUAUUGUUUGCCCAUUGAUUCAUGGGGUCUAUAAAAUAAAUUGCACAAUGAUAUUUAAAUCUU